AUGGGUUUAGUUAUUAUUGCUUCAACAUUGGCAUUGAUCGCUGCAUGUAUUUCAAAAACGAAUUUAUUAUAUGCAGUUGGUUCAAGUUGUAUCAAUGGUGUUGCUGUUUUAGAUUUAAAUAUCAUUGAAGAUAGUGCAGGCGAUUGUUUUUAUUUCAACUCAUAUUAA